AUGGCUGAACCACUGAGCCGUCUCACAAAGAAAGGAGAACCAUUUAUCUGGGAGGAUUCCCAGGAAACAGCAUUUCGAGAGCUGAAAGGUCAUUUGGCAAAUACAGAAACUUUGGGUUAUUUUGAUAGAAAUACAAAAACAGUUCUGAUCACUGAUGCAAGUCCUGUGGGAUUAGGCGCUGUACUUGUACAAGAACAAAACGGAGAACGCCAUGUCAUAUGCUAUGUUAGUAAGAGUCUGACCACGACCGAACGUAAAUACUCACAGACAGAGCGAGAAGUUCUAGGGCAUGUAACACCCCGGGCAUUGACUACAAGGGAAAUUGAAGAGGCAUCAGCUGUAGACCUGGACCUCAUACAGUUAAGAAAAUGUAUUCGCAGUAAGCAGUGGCACAAGUUGGAAAACAAACAUUAUUUACCUCUCAGAGAUGAGCUGUGUAUUGUAGGACAGCUAGUUCUAAGGGGAACAAGAAUUCUCAUUCCCGAGACCUUACGUGGAAUGGUUAUUGGGGUAGCCCAUGAGGGACACCCAGGGAUUGUUUGUAUGAAACGCCGUCUACGGACUAAAGUAUGGUGGCCUGGAAUAGACAGAGACGCAGAACGAUUUUGUAAAACAUGUCAUGCAUGUCAGUUAGUAAGCCAACCUCAGGCACCAGAACCAACAAAACCAACUGAACUACCAACGGGUCCAUGGCAACAUGUUUCAGCCGAUCUCAUUUCUUUGCCAUCUGGUGACUAUCUUUUUGUAGUCGUGGAUUAUUUUAGUAGAUACUUUGAGGUCGACACAAUGCGGAGUACUACCACUGAGCGGAUCAUCAAAAGCUUGAGAAAAAUAUUUCUCACACACGGAUUACCGUUAAGUAUCACAACUGACAACGGUCCUCAGUUUAUUGCAGACUCAUUCGCUGAUUUCCUUGCUGAACAAGGAAUAGAACAUAGACGCGUGACCCCUCUUUGGCCUCAAGCCAAUGGGAAAGUGGAGAGGCAGAACAAGUCGCUCCUUAAACGUAUUAGAAUCGCUCAAACUGGAAGGUGGAAAUUGACAAUUAUUUAA